CCUACUCUGACUCUGACUUAUUAAUUCCUUCUCCUCCUCCUCCUCCUCCUCCAAACUAAAAACUAUAUAUGUAAAAUUCCAGACUUCAAACCCUAAAAUACCUCUUUGUUUUUUGUUUCUUUCUUUUUGUUACUAAACCAAUCCACACGAAAGCUCUAGACUUUUCUUAUAUAUUUAUAUAUAUACUGAUACUAGUUCUACCUAUCAAUCUCUUAAUAAUAAUAGCUCGGAGAAGAGAAGAGAAGAGAAGAGAAGGUUUGUAACUAUGGCGACUCCUACUACUGCUCGGAAACCCCAAAGGUCUCCGGAGGAAAUCGAAGACAUUAUCCUCCGUAAAAUCUUCCUGGUUUCCCUCACCGAUUCUGAAUCCUCCGAUCCUCGAAUCGUGUACCUGGAGCUAACCGCGGCUGAAAUUCUAAGCGAAAGCAAGGAAUUAAGGCUCUCUAGGGAUCUCAUGGAGCGAAUCCUAAUCGAUCGCCUCUCCGCUUCUGCCACCGCCGAACCCCCCUUUCAAUACCUCGUCGGUUGUUAUCGUCGCGCUUACGAUGAGUCCAAGAAGAUUUCUUCCAUGAAAGACCCCAAUCUCAGGUCCCAAUUGGACUCUGUCAUUAAGCAAGCCAAGAAAUUGUGCGUCUCUUACUGUAGGAUCCACUUGGGAAACCCUGAAUUGUUUCCCAAUAAUGAGGUUAAAUCCGGUACUUCCCCCUUGUUGCAGCUGGUUUUUUCUGAGGUUUCCAGCUCUCUCGACGGCUUUGGAGGUAGUAGCAGUGGGGGUACUCAAUCCCUACCUGGCUUUUUGGAUGAGUUCUUCAGGGAUUCGGAUUUCGAUACGUUGGACCCCAUUUUGAAGGGCUUGUAUGAAGAUUUGAGGGGCACUGUCAUUAAGGUUUCGGCCCUCGGAAACUUUCAACAGCCUUUGAGGGCUUUGCUGUACUUGGUUAACUUUCCUGUGGGUGCCAAGUCCUUGGUGAAUCAUCUUUGGUGGAUUCCCAAAGGCAUUUAUUUGAAUGGCCGGGUUAUCGAGAUGACCAGCAUUUUGGGCCCAUUUUUUCAUGUUAGUGCUCUGCUUGAUGAUUCUAUUUUCAAGACCCAGCCUGAUGUUGGGCAGCAGUGCUUUUCAGAAGCAUCAACUCGUCGACCAGCUGAUUUGUUAUCUUCAUUUACCACAAUUAAAACAGUUAUGAAUAGUUUAUAUGAUGGCCUGUCAGAAGUUCUUCUCUCGCUUCUUAAAAAUACAGACACCCGUGAAAAUGUUCUUGAUUAUCUUGCUGAGGUUAUCAAUUUAAACUCGUCAAGGGCACAAAUUCAGGUUGAUCCUCUAUCUUGUGCAAGUUCAGGCAUGUUUGUUAAUCUCAGUGCUGUCAUGCUUCGGCUGUGUGACCCUUUUUUGGAUGCAAACUUAAUGAAAAGGGAUAAAAUUGAUCCCAAAUAUGUGUUUCAUAAUAACCGUCUGGAUUUAAGUGGGUUGACUGCACUCCAUGCAUCAUCAGACGAAGUUGCUGAAUGGCUUAAUAAAAAAAAAUUGGGGAAAACUGAUGGCUCCACACAACAUACUGAUGGUGAAAAUCGGUUACUACAAUCUCAAAAAGCCACCAGUUCUGGCAGUAGUGCCAGUGGAUCUUCUAAUGUGAAGUCAGCAUCAAGUAGUGAUAAAACUAAGUACCCAUUUAUUUGUGAAUGCUUCUUUAUGACUGCAAGGGUGCUACACCUGGGCUUAUUAAAAGCAUUUUCUGACUUUAAACAUUUAGUUCAGGACAUUCAAAGGUGUGAAGAUACUCUCUCCACUCUUAAAGCCAUGCAAGAGCAGACUCCUACUCCUGCAUUGGAGCGGGACAUUUCUCGCCUUGAGAAAGAAAUAGAGUUGUAUUCACAGGAGAAGCUUUGUUAUGAAGCUCAGAUACUAAGGGAUGGAACACUUAUUCAGAGUGCCCUUUCUUUCUACCGGUUAAUGGUGGUUUGGCUGGUUGGCUUGGUUGGUGGAUUUAAGAUGCCUCUGCCAUCAAGUUGCCCUAUGGAAUUUGCGUCUAUGCCAGAGCAUUUUCUAGAAGAUGCCAUGGAAUUGCUUAUAUUUGCUUCACGAAUCCCAAAAGCCUUGGAUGGGGUCUUGCUGGAUGACUUUAUGAACUUUAUUAUCAUGUUCAUGGGGAGCCCAGAUUUUAUCAGAAACCCUUAUCUCAGGGCAAAGAUGGUUGAAGUCCUGAACUGCUGGAUGCCCCGUAGAAGUGGCUCAUCUAAUACGGCAACUCUAUUUGAAGGGCACCAACUAUCUCUUGAGUAUCUUGUGAGGAAUCUUCUGAAGCUUUAUGUUGACAUUGAGUUCACUGGUUCUCACACACAGUUCUAUGACAAGUUCAACAUCCGACAUAAUAUUGCUGAACUUCUUGAAUACCUGUGGCAAGUCCCUAGUCAUCGUAAUGCUUGGAGACAGAUUGCCAAGGAAGAGGAAAAGGGAGUUUAUCUGAAUUUCUUAAACUUCCUUAUCAAUGAUAGCAUCUAUCUUCUUGAUGAAAGUCUCAACAAAAUUCUUGAACUCAAAGAGUUGGAAGCUGAGAUGUCCAAUACUGCAGAAUGGGAGCGAAGACCAGCUCAAGAGAGGCAGGAGAGGACCCGGCUAUUCCAAUCCCAAGAGAAUAUUAUCCGGAUUGAUAUGAAGUUGGCAAAUGAGGAUGUUAGCAUGCUGGCAUUUACUUCAGAGCAGAUUACGGCUCCUUUCCUACUUCCUGAGAUGGUUGAGAGAGUAGCCAGCAUGCUCAAUUAUUUUCUGUUACAGCUAGUGGGCCCCCAAAGAAAAUCUCUUUCCCUUAAAGAUCCUGAAAAAUAUGAAUUUCGUCCAAAACAGUUGCUUAAGCAGAUUGUCUGCAUAUAUGUUCAUCUGGCAAAGGGCGAUACGGAGAACAUUUUCCCAGCUGCCAUUUCUAAGGAUGGUCGAUCAUACAAUGAGCAGUUAUUUAGUGCUGCAGCAGAUGUUCUUCGAAGAAUUGGUGAAGAUGGGAGGGUAAUACAGAAAUUUAUUGAGCUAGGUGCCAAGGCCAAAGUUGCAGCUUCUGAGGCAAUGGACACUGAAGCUGUUCUUGGGGAGAUACCUGAUGAAUUUCUCGACCCAAUUCAGUACACUCUGAUGAAGGAUCCAGUUAUAUUACCUUCUUCAAGGAUCACUGUAGACCGACCCGUCAUUCAAAGGCAUCUUCUUAGUGAUAAUUCGGACCCUUUUAACCGGUCACAUCUUACGGCGGAUCUGCUGAUUCCAAACACGGAAUUGAAGGCAAGAAUUGAAGGUUUUAUCAAGUCCCAAGAAAGGAAGAAGCAAGGGGAAAGUCUUAGCAUGGAAAGUGCUAAGGUGACAAUACAAACAACAAACAGCGAGAUGUUAAUUGAUUGAAAUAUCUGUAUAGUAUCUUGAACUUAAAAUGGAUUGUAAUUAUUUUAAUGACAGUCAUAUCAUAUUUAUUUUUAGAGUUUAAUUUAUUUUUAUUUUUUUUGUAAAGAUUUUAUGUAAGAAAAAUAAGUAAGAAGGAACUUAACUUAUAAUUGCCGAACUA